AUGGCUGAACAAGAAGAAAGAAGAAGGUUGAUGCAAGAAGAAAGUGAAAGAAGACGAUUGCAAAGAAACAGAGAAAGACAAGAGCCAAUUAGAACUUAUACAACUGCACAAGAAGCUCAACGAUAUAUACCCAAACCUGGUAACUUUGCACGUAAAAGAGGUGCAAGAAAUUAA